GCCCUCGGACCUCAAAUCUCAAAGCCACAAAGAGCUUAAAGAAACCCACAGAGAGAGAGAGAGAGAGAGAGCCUCAGAAACCCUAGCGCUGUUCAGUUGAAUCAAGAUGCCGGUGGAGUCUAGAUUCAGGCUUGAGAGGCCGUUUGACAUUGCGGAGGCCUUUUCUCAAAGGCGAUCUGGCUCGCUUGCAGUUCUAAACGAUCAGCGUGUGGAGUCGCUGGAAUCGCCGGCGAGGCGGAGGGCGUUAGCGACACCGGUGCAUCAGAGACGGCUAGGGUUAUGGGCCGCAGGAGGUGAUGGGCUUGCAAGGAGCAGAAUGAGGACACCGAGAGCCGCGAUUGGUCAAGAGAAUGUGCUGCUGGCCGGAAGUUCCAGCCGGAGAAGGGGACGGGGAUCAAACAGUAUGUUGCCUUCUUGGUAUCCAAGAACCCCUCUCCGUGAUAUAACUGCGAUUACCAGGGCCAUUGAGAGGAGAAGAGCUCGCUUGGGUGAGGAGAAUGGCGAAACUGCAGAGGGUCAAGUUCCAUCUCUACAAGUUCAGGAUGCUCCCCCUGAGCAUCAAGUUCUCGCUGCUACUCCUUCAACCAUUAAGAAGAGACCUUGCCCACCUAGUUCUGUUCUUAAAGUGCACAAAAUUCUGCUAGAGGUGGCUAAUCAGCCUGAUGAGGGAGAGUUCGUUACACCACAGAAGAAGCUGCUGAACUCAAUUGACAAAGUUGAGAAGGUGGUGUUGGAAGAACUUCAGAGGCUGAAGAGGACCCCGAGUGCUAAGAAGGCAGAGAGGGAAAGAAAGGUUCGAACUUUGAUGUCAAUGCGUUGAGGAGAAAAGUAGUUUGGACAAAGAAGACUGUCUACAGUGAAAGUUAUCACCUUCUGGUGAUACAUUUUCUACCCUAUGUACUGAUGACCAUAAUCACCUUCUGGUGAUACCUUCUUGGUUCAGGCCAACUUAUCUUUCGCUGACUGCACUUCACAUCUCGCUAAGGUGUCUUUAGAAUUAGGGUCAUCAGUAGGCAAUAUCAUCACUGCUGAAGUUCAUUUUUUUUUGGAGUUAGUUUAGGGUAGUAACUAUGGUUGAGUUUCGUUACAUCAUUCUUUGAUGCAUCAGGCCAUAUGACCUCUACUUUAGUUGGACAAUAUAGUCUGUAUUGUAGUUGAUAAUUCUGGGGAAAUGUAUAUAAAAGCUGUAUGGCAAGGA